AUGGAAGGCGGUCACCACGAACCGGAGCUGACCACCGAGGAUAUUGAGGCCCUCAUCCUCACACUCUAUCGACCAAAUCCGCCAGAUGUGAUAGCGGCAACACAGAAAAAAUUGACAGAGAUACAAUGCUCACCCCAUUCGUGGGCAAUUGCUCGCGAUCUUCUCACAAGGGCGGACGAAAAAGUCAGGUUCCACGGGGCCCUGAUCAUCAUUGUCAAACUGAACACUGAAAGCUCAACAUUAGGCGAUCACAAUGCGGGCGAACUUCUGACAGGUCUGUUGGAUUGGUACAUGGCCUCUGUAGCCCACGGCGGUUCAGUGCUCGUAUCACGAAAGCUGUCAUCCGCACUAGCUACCUACUUGAUACACUUCCCGCACCUUUGGAGGCGAUUCGUGCCACAUCUUGUGCAGUGUAUGGCCACGGGCAAGUUGGUCGCUCCAGAAACUUCCCUGGCACGGUUUCCCGAGCACCUAGAGUGUCUGGAUCCCGUCCGAAGUCGAGCGAUCCUCUGGGUCAUCAGCAACGUCGUGGAUGAUGCGGCUAAGGUUGAUUUUCACUCGGCGCAUAACAGCGAACUGUAUGAAACGUUGCGUCUCAAUGUCGCUGAAUCCACUGCUGUCAUUUGGAAGAGCUUGGAAUAUGUUCAACCUGACCCAAAGGCCGAUGAGGAGGCCAUCAGAUGUCUCCAAUCUUGGGUGUGGUUCUCGCAGAAACUGGCCGCGCGAGACUCACUCUUUAUAGAUUCGCUUCGGCCUCUCAUCUCCGCGGUAAUAGCUGGAUUAUCGACCAACGAUAUGUUUCAACCAACAGUGGAACUUCUCACCGACAUUUUAACCAACUUUCCAUCGCUUCUGACCAGCGAACACUACACCUUGCUCGCCGACACUCUCGAAAAGGCAUGGUGUGUGAAUUAUUACCAGAGACUACAGCAGGGCGACUUUGAAUUUGACGCAGUACAAUUCGGUCAGCUCAUGCUCGCAUAUGGUGAGGCUCGGGUCGAAAUCCUGAUGCGAAGCGAGAACCACCAGGAUCACGCCUUGCUCGGUAAACUUUGUGGGCUGUUAUCCUUGAAUGGUCACCCUGUUGUUGAAGACAGAAUCUUUGUUCCUGCAGUGGAAUUCUGGUCGACAUACGUCGAGACAUUGACGGACGAGGUUUUCUCUAACGCGGAAAGCUCUAUUCCUUGGGCAUCGACUGCCACAUCUUUCGUGCUGGAAGCUGUUUCAAACUCGUGGCAGCGGAUCAUAUAUCCUGAUGCCAAUGAGCUGAGCCAAUGGGACAACAGCGAUCGCAUUGGGUUCAUAGACGCUCGAAAGGACGUUGCUGAUCUCCUACAAUCUACCUACGCCCUAACCGGAUCCCGAUUGUUGGUCACCUUUGCUGAUCUUCUCAUUUCCGCGGUAUCAUCUGAGGACUGGGCACGUUUGGAGGCUGCAGCAUUCUGUCUUGGAUCCCUCGCAGAUUGUGCCAAGGAAGAACCGCAAAGUGAUGAAGCACUGAAUUCUGUCUUCUCCUCGCCAUUGUUCAACACGCUUCGUGGCGGCCAUACCCUACUGCCCCCACGCGUUCGCCAAACAUGCGUCAGCCUGAUUGAGAGGUAUACCGAGUUCUUCGAGCGCUACACCGAACUUCUCCCGCCAGCUUUGAACCUUCUGUUUAGCUUGGUGGGCGAUACGACGCUGUCGCAGCCCAUCUCAAGGUCUAUACUUCGGCUCUGCUCUUCGUGCCGACAUCAUCUUCACUCCGAGACGGGUGCGUUUCUUGACGAAUAUCAGCGCAUGAACGCAACCCAGACAAUGGAGUGCGAGACUGCAGAGAAAGUUCUCGGGGGCAUCGCGUCCGUUGCUCAAGCCUUGGAAAUCGAGUCCGAACGCCUUCAAGCUCUCCGCAAAAUCAUUGGGUUCGUUGAGAUCGACUUACAGACCUGCCAUGCGCUCAUUGCGUCACCCAAUGCCACGGGUCGCCCCAUCUGUCCGCCAGAGUCUCGAUGCCUCGAUGAGUCGUUCGAUGAAUCUCCAGCUCUGCAUAUUGGUAUCAGAGUUCUCAGAUGUCUCUCCUCUGUAGCCAAGGCUUUCCAGAUCCCGGCUGAAAGGCCAGUAGAGAUCGAUGGUAACUCCAAACUUGAGAAGGAGAAGAGUCCUCAACUUGCAGACCUCCAGAGGCACAUUUUCGACAUAAUUGUUCAGCUGCAAAGGGCUUUCCCGCAAAGUGUUGAGAUUGUUGACAAUAUCUGCAGCAUUCUUCGAAGUGGUUUCUCGGAAACCGAGCACGGCCCCUUUGUCUUCCCACCAAGACAAAUUGCGGAAUACUUGUUUUCGCACACAACACACUCGCCCCGAAUAGGCGCGCUUGUCAAGACUGCUUGCUCUUUUUCGAGUUCUCUAAAGCAGUAUGGCGAAGGUUCUAUGCGAGACAAACUGCUCGCGGACUUGUUCAACUGGACCAUCGGGCUCCUACGUGGCCUGUCAGGUCCAGAAGCCGACCCGGAAUUAUCGCACAAUGCAAUGGACUUUAUCACGCGGGUAUUGAGCGGAGCCCCUCAAGUCUUGAUCGAUGCUCAUCCGUUUGAUCCGUCUGAGUUCUUCUUCCUCUUCACUCUGCAGGCUCUGGAUGGGAAGGAACCACUUCCAAAGAUGGCAUCGGCCGGAUUUUGGGCACACUUCUUACAGCUAGCGGGCAAUCCUCCCCCAGUUCAGCACCGGGUCAUCGACCUAAUGAAAACACUUGGUCCACUGGUCAGCGAGAGUUUGAUGAGGAACUUUGGCGGCAACGCUUCGCGGAGCGAGCUAGACAAGCUAAGCGAGCCGCUCAAGAAGCUCAUCACUUGGUACCCGGCCGCGCCAGGCUGGCUCGAGUCAGCGCUGGAGCAGGUGUCCUUUCCUGGCUCUCACCUCAAUCCACGUGAGAAAGCCAUAUUCGUCAAGAAGCUCGUGAGCCUACGUGGCUCUCGGACGACGACGCAAGUUGCCCGUGAUUUCUGGCUCGCAGCGCGAGGGUCCAGCUUUGCGUAUGCUUCUUGAUCUGCUUUUAUCGCUUCCGUUCGGGGAUCUGGAAUUGUCCCGCGCCA